AUGUCGACCCAGUCUCCUCAUCCCCCAACUCCCAAGGGAUCGCGCAACCCUCGCAGACCCAACAAGAAGAGCAUGACCCCUCAAGCUCAGAAACCGGGACUCUCCACCCCUCCGUCAUCUCCGCCCGGCAACAUCUCAGCUGGACUCCAGACCGACUCGUCUAAUAACUUCAACUCUACCAAGAAGAAGCAGGCUCCGCGAUCUGUGAAGAAGCCUAGAGAUUCCAACUCCCCUGCAACUCACAACGGGUACUACAAUGGACAUCAACAUAAUGGAUACUCUAAUGGAUAUCGAAGCACACCUCAUCAUACCGGUGUGACCUCUCCACAAUUGAAGGAAAGUGCUGCCUACGCAGGGCCAACCUUCCAUGCAUCCCCCGCACCCUCUUCUCUCCCGAUGCCCAAGUUUCUUCCCAAAGCCGCCCCAGAUGCAGAUCUUGUUCCACCCCUCGAGACCGAUAGCGACAGCGCGGAUCUUUCCCCAGAACCGGAGACGACACCUUCCAAGCACCGCAGUCGUCCAUCCGUGCACGCAGAGCCGAAGCCCACCGCGCUCGAUUUCAUGUUCCAAGCUGCGAAACAGGCCAAAGAAAACAAAGCCACUAGCAGUCCUGACGUGAGUCGCCCUCUUCGAUCACCGCAGACCGAGCCCGCUGCACGAUACCAUCAAGAUGGCAUGUUUGCUUCCAGUUCGGGUAAUGAUUAUGCGCGUAAUUCCCCCAUCGGGCCCUCGUUUGCUCCAUCUUAUCAGGAACGCAUGGCGGCACUGCGCCCUUCGAGCAUGCCCCAAUCGCCUGAACUGAGCGAUGCAGAGCGCAAGGCGAAGACCGAACAGCUGAAGGACCUGCUCCUCAAUCCGCGCCCCCAGAAGCCACCCUCCCAAGCCCCUUUUUCUCCAGUCUAUGGAAACGUUGAUGUCCGUCAAUCUCCAAGCUUUGACCGUGCUUCUCCAAAUUAUGAUUACCGACAGCCGCCUGGAGUUUUUGAAACACAACCUGGCAGUUUCGACGCACGUCCCUCAAAUGUGCAUCCAUACGCGACCCCCAGCCGCGCUGCAUCUGGUCCUCCAUUGGCGCAUGGAAAUCCUUUUGGCAACCCACCACCACAGCCGAACCCUUAUCUUCGGAACCCGUAUCCGAAUCACAACUCACCACUACGUGGAGUCGUUCCAGCGCCUCAGUACCAGACUCACGGCGCUGUCUCGAACGGAAGCUCUCCUGGUCCGUAUUCCAAUCAGUACAGACAGAGCUCCAAUCCGCCGGCGCCAUGGCAGGGUUAUGUUUCCCCUCAGCCGGUACAUUCGACGACUGCUUUCCAGCUACCAACACAUUCACCCUCGCCUUUGCCAUCGCAGGCAAUGGACACUCAGCAGAUUGAGAAUGACAUUCGGCGCGUCUUGAAGCUUGAUGCUUCGUCGACAGUCGCUUAG